AUGACCGGACAAAAUCCGGAAGGCCGUCUAGUGGCCACCUGUGGUCAUAGCUGGAAAGUGUGUUAUCAAUUAUCGCGCAGAAGUAUUUUUGAAAGUGUUUCAACGUGGCGUAAAUCGGUCAAUCUGGGUAGUCACUACUUGACGGAGUUGGGCAGUGAAAGCCCAAAAUCGGGACCACUGGCAGUGCCGACGAGCUACGGUGGGGUUAACCCUCAACAAUCUCUGGCAGGAUUUUCUCGCCUGGAUUGUUCCCCAAACUCUUUCAACCUGGCAGCAUUCAGAUCACCUGGUUUACUCGGGACGCAUGGAUUUAAUUUUAGUAAUAACUUUGGCUUCCGAGACCCAUCUGUGUAUGAUCCCGCAAACGUGCCUCCGACACCCUUACAACAACAUGUGCCGCAGGCAAAUGGAACUAACCUGCUGAAUCUCACACAGGGUUUCCGAGGAACUGGCGAUGGAAGUCCUGUGAAUCUAUACCUCGGUAGUUCAAGUCCAUCGAGAGAUACGAAUUUGGACACUUAUGGAUACCAGAAAAAAGAUUAUCCAGACAGCCAAGACAACAUCAGUUUUAACGAUCAGAACAAGGAUGAUGAAGUGAAUGUACUGAGUCGGGAAAAUAGUCCAAACGGAAGGGUAAACUACAAUUCCGAUAGUUCAGACCUUCGAGAGAAGCGCCUGGGUACCUGCAGUCCCGUUGAAAGCAAUCGAUCUUAUUCUAGUCAAAACAAAGACGAUCUUACUGGUUACCACAGUCCACAUAACGAUAGUGUAGGAUCGCGGAGUCCGGAAAACCUAACCCACGUAGCAGCGAGCAAUCCUUCCAUUACUCAAAUCAACGGAUCGUACGCUACAAGUAACAACAACGGAGUCACGUUGACAAACAACAAUAACUUAAUUAACAACAACCACCUGAAAGGGAAAUCCCACACGAUAUCGGACAUGCUGGACCACAAGCUGCAGAUGAGUUUUCUCGGUCCGCCGCUUGCUGCGCUGCAUUCGAUGACGGAAAUGAAGGUCCAGGGAGGUAGUCCGGUGCAAGCCACGUCACCCCAAACUCAGGUGCACCAAACGGGAUUGGCCGUAGGCGGCGGUGGUGCUCCUAAUCCGCACGGUAUCGAUAACAUUUUGUCCAGGCCACCGCCGGUGACCACUGCCCAGCUGAAUGCCUUAGGAGGAGGAAUGCCUCGUUUUUCGGCAGCUGUUGCCGCCGCAGCAAAUAUGGCACAGUAUCUCUCGCAGAGCCAUGGUGGACCGCUGAAAGCCCAUUCGGGCGCUUUGGUGGAGCGAACCCAUCUCUACUGGCCCGGACUUCAAGGUUUGGUCACGAACCCGAUGGCCUGGAGAGAACGUUUCGGAUCAAUGUCAGCUAGUCUAUCACAAUCGCAUCACAACCAGGAUAAAGAUGGCAAAAAGAAACACACCCGACCGACCUUCAGUGGGCAGCAAAUCUUCGCACUGGAGAAAACCUUUGAGCAGACCAAGUAUCUGGCCGGUCCAGAACGGGCGAAACUUGCGUACGCACUGGGGAUGACGGAGUCUCAGGUUAAGGUGUGGUUCCAGAACCGGCGUACCAAGUGGCGUAAGAAACAUGCCGCCGAUAUGGCAACCGCCAAACGGAAACAGGAAGAGCUGGGCGACGGCGAUGAGGACUGCAGCGAACCGAUGGACUCGGAUACCGAAAGCCUGGACCUGGUCGACACCGGGAGCAGUAGUCGGAAACGUUGCCGAAUGGAAGAUGAGAUGAGGCAUUAGUAUAGGGGACCGGUUUGUAGCGGAGCAAUAGCUUGUUGAGUUUGAUCUUUUUCCAUUAUUACUGUGAUCAGAGGUUUGAGGAUGGGAAAUAGUAUGCGCGUCGGUUUAGCAAUAAUAGCAUGAUACUGUGAAUUAAGGAUGGAUUUCAAUUCAGUGUUGAUCUCAAUGGUCGCUAAUUUGAAGUAUAAAUGGAUUAGUUUAUGGUCAUCAAUCAAUAAUUUUUCACCAAGAAAUAAAGACGGAGUACUGACGGGACGGGUUUGUCAAGGAUUUUUGCAUAACGUAAUUUAAAACAGUUUAAAUUCCGCAGUGCAUAAAAGCUGAAGCGUGCAAUGAAAAAAGUAGAGGCAAACAAAUUUAUUUAUUUAUUUUCCAAACGCUUCAGUUUUCUUCUGAAUACUUGAUAUACUUAAGUUAUUUUCUAUUUCUUCACCUGAUUAUGCUGAAAUAUCAUAUUAAUUUUCGUCAUAGCCAUUUUUUUUUAUUUGCGUCACAUUUGAUUAUAAAUCAAUAUGUAGUACACUGUUUUUUUCCCAACUACCAACCGUUUUUCUGAAGCAUUUUUACUACAGUUCAUUUUCUGUACAAAUGCGGUGCAUUUGACCAAAGGGAAGAUUUUUUUAGAAUAUUAUUUUCAAAUACAAAUACCAAGUUUACUAAAAUAUCAGUUGGAGAUAGAUAUUUGGUAAAAUUGAUGAUGUUUCAUACAUAAUUUUUGCGCACGUAAUUCUUGGACAUUCUUGCAUCACAAUUUUUUUUAAUUUAACGUUGUUUUCCUUGAUUUCCUGAACAAUUGGAAAUACACAUGAGGACUAUUUAAAGCAUGUUUUCUAGUAAUAAGUAGUUCUAUUCUAUUCUACAUUAUCCUACUUUUUAAAUUACAUAAUGCAAAAUACUUAUUUCAUUUGGUAUUAGUAACCUGUGGCUGCUUCAUAAGUUGAUUAGGAUUUAAAUGCAAAAAAAACGCCAUUGUAAAUGUUUCUGACAUCAACAGCGAUGAGGAAUCCAUCGAUUCGGCAUGCAUUCAGCUAUGCAGUAGUAACCAAAUUUCAACAAUUUUGUUGUGAAUCAUAUUAUCCUCUGAAAUUCCCAAAAUCAAGUUGAAAAUAGUAGUUUGGUCUUUGGUCCGAAAAAACUCACCACUUGUAUGAUUGAACGAAAAAUGAGAAAAGUAAAAUUGGAAAGUAUAUGUUCCAAGAGGCCAAACAACAUACUGCAUUCAAUGAGAUAAUGCAGUUGAAAUUGAAAAGAGCAAAAAUCGAAUUUACUAUACAUUAAUUUAAUUGAUACUAAUUUUAGAGUAUGACUAGUUUGGAAUAGAUCGAAUGAGAUAAAAGUAAGUUUGAGAAUCUGUGUGAAUGAGUGGCCAAACUUAAUGUGAUUAAUGAUGAGAUUAACAGCAUUCAAGUAAGAGCAGCUGCAGAGCGAAACGAAAAAAUGGCUGAAAAACCUUUCUUCUAGUGUGACAGGAAUGGUACUUUGCUCGUUUCAUAGCCAAAACAUUCCAGCGAAGAAUUAUGUAACAUAAAUAUUUAUUACCAGAGAGCCUCUAGUAGACUAAACCAGUAAUGUUGACUAAAAUAAGCAAAGAUGUAAGAUACAGAAUAUUUCGGCAAAAAAUAGUAAGAACCACGACCGAUGCGAUGUAAAAAGUUUGAAUUCUCAGUAUUUAAAUAAAUUCCCUUAAGUCAUAGUGAUUGAUAUCCAAUUAUUAGUACUUCAUGAUAAAUUAAUAAAUCAAAAAGCUAACACGAAACCAUCUGUAAAACUUGUAUAAGUUUAAUAAAGAAACGAAACAAAACUGAA